GGCGCUGUUAAGAAUUUAAAAUGGCGUCUGAUUUGGAGGAUGAUGAGGAUUUGGCCUCCCUAAGAUCUGCUGCUUUAGCUUCAUUAAAUGUACGAUCCAACCAAUCAUCCCCAUCAGUGGAUACAAACCACCAGGAGAAUAACAAUCAGGAUGAUGAGGAAGAAGAUGAAGAUGAGAAUUUAGAAGCUUUGAGACUUGCAGCUUUGAAGACAAAGAAAGCUGUAGUGCCCCAGCCAGUUACACCUCAGCCAAGAGGACCUUCUCCUGUACCAUUAUCAGAAGCACCUAUCAAUGCUGUGCGAGGAAAUAAUCUGAUCUCAAUCCCACUUGUGGAUUUUAGUUCACAAGAUACAUCUUCAAAUGGACCUGUUGUCCCAGAAGUGAAAAAGGAAGUUAGAAAUGAUAAGUUUAGCCGGUUUCAAUCAGACACUGAAUCAGAAGAGGAAGAAGAUGUUGAGAGUGAACCCGAAUACAAUCGCCCUGAGAGUUCGGCGGACGAAGCAGAUGGCAGCGAUAUUUCUGAUGAUGAGAGUGUCAACCAGAGUGGCAAGAGUGAGGAAUCUGACGACAGUAGUGGAGAGAAUGAUGGUUCAGCUUCAUCUAGCGAAUCAGAAUCUGAGACUGAAAAGUCUAGUGAAACGGAAAGCUCCACUUCCUCAAGUGAAUCGGAUGAGGACUCCUCAUCUGAAGGAAGGCAGUUGGAGGAGGAAUCUACUGAAGAAAUCAUUGAGAAAAAAAAUAUAUCUGAAGCAAAAAAUGGAACAAUUAAAUUACAAACUGAAAACAUCAAGUUGAAGAGUAUUGAUCCUCCUAGUAUUGUAAGUAAAACAGGACUAAUGGAUCUCCGAAAUCAGUUACGUAAAAAGCAUUCAGAAAGAAGUGAUCGUGUUGAGCAUAAAGAAAGGCUCAAAAGAGAUCAUGUUACAGAUCAUAUAUCAUCUAGGAGUCAUUCUAGAUAUUCUUAUGGACAGCAAAAUAGAAUUUCACGCAGAGUACCUGAUAAGUACCAAGGCAAUCGUGAUAGAAAAGGGAACAAUGUUGACGAAGGUAAUAAACAUAGACAUAAUUAUGACAGACCUCCUAGAAAGUCAGAAGAGGUUAGAAAAAAAGAUAAUUAUAGUUCAGACAACAAAAGAGAGAAAGAUAGCAGAAGUACCUUAAGUUCAACAGAACGCAGCAAAAUCUUAGACCGAAGGAAAUCAGAUAAGCAAAAAGAAAAAAGUCAGACUAAAAAACCGUACAAUGAUUCCUUGAAAAAAAAUGAAAAAUUACUAAAAGGGAAAAGUUUACCAACAGAGCAUUUAUCUUUGAGCGAUUCAGAAAGUGAUAUUGAUACAGAUUCUAGAUUUAAACAAGCUAAAAUUGACCGAGCUGGUGACCAAAUUGAGAGUGCUCCAUCACGAAUUGUUACUUCUAUGCAAUUUAAUAAGAAUAUUGAACCAAAUUUUGGCCGAAAACGAGACUUUCACAGAGAUCAUAGGAAAGAUCAGGAUUUAAGGUAUGGGCCAAGAUUUGAUAGAAAAUUAGAAAGUCGUCGGACUGAAUCUUACCGGAAUGAUCAGUAUCAUAAGAAAGAUGAAAAAUCAUACCAAAAGAAACAUGACAUGCGAGAGAGUUAUGCAAGUAGCAGGCACAAGAGAAGUCAUGGUAGAGAUCCAAUGAGGUCUCGUGAACUAGAAUUUGUUGAUGAUUCGGAUGAGGAUAUGAAUAAGAAAGGCAUACGUAGCUUUGUACACACAAACAAUACCAAAAAUAAUAGAAAAGAAAAUGGACCUAUUGUAAAAAGAUACAAAGAUAGUGAACAGAGAAGGAAAGACUCUAAGAAAGAAGGGAAGAAACCAUCAUCCAAAGAAAGAAUAGAAAGCUCCAGGAGUAAAGAGAACCGAACUGGAAAAAAGAAAGCAGAGAGUAGUGUCAAAUUUCUGAAGAAAGUUAAACAUCUUGAUGUUGGUGAUACAAGCAAAACUACUGAAGUUAGUGUGACAUUUGAUAGUGAUCCAGAAAAGGUUCUUAAGAAAAGUAAAAAGUCAAUACAAGAACGUCUGGGGAAGACUGUUUCUAAAGCACCUGUAAAAUUACGCCUUGGUCCCAAGGACAACCUGAAAUCUGAAAUCUGGCAUGGUUUAGAAAAAAAUUCAAAGGGAUCCGAGAGUAGUGCACAAGAUGCAAGGAAAUUUGUUUCAAAGGAUGCUGGGAAGUCACGGAAAAGUGUCAAGGAGAGAUUAAAUCUAAAGAGAACACCGAAGGACAUUGAUCUUGAUAGUACUGUUGAGCCCAGCAGGAAAAUUGUACGAUCUAGUGCUGUUGAAAAACUUAGUGAUGAGGAGAAACUCAAGCGGAAGAAGAGGGAGAGAGAAAUUCAGGAAAAAAUACGAAAGAUAGAAGAAAGAAAUCUAGCAUCUUCCAAAGAGCAUGCCAAAUAUAGUGACAUUGAUUUACCUUCUGAAAGUAAUAACAAAGAUAAGGCAUUAGAGUUAAGAAUAAGAAGGAUCAAGGAGAAGAAUGAAGCUAUUUUGAAGCGACAGAGAGAAAUUGAGGAGGAUAAGCAAAAAUAUGGGAAGUAAAAUAGAGUUAAUUUUCUAUAAAAUUUAUUCAAAUGUAUAGUAGAAGAUACUUCCUGUAUGAUUAAAUCUGGAACACAUUGCAUCGGUUUAUGGUCAGCCAAAAAAUCCAUGUCCUUUCUGUGUAAUAGUGCUUGACAAUGCCACAUGUUACUGUAGGUGGAAGUCUAAAAAAAUUAUUUUUAUAAUGGGUCCACCUUGUGUGCCUAGACACGUUGACUUCAUGGAAUCGCAUCAGCUGAUGCAUUUUGUCCUCAGCUCUUUAUACGAAAUAUCACAUGUAUUACUGAUGAUUAAUUUAAUUCAAUUGAGACUCUACAGUAAAGAUGAUAUAUUGAAGUUUCAUAAAAAUACUGUACUGUAUUUAUUUUAAUAAACACCCAUCCCUGGGGCUUUCAUUGUUCAGAAAGGUUUUUUUUUUGGGGGGGAGGGUGGGAGGGGGGUUAUUUUACACUCAAAUAAACACCCCUUAUUUUCAGUGUAAACUACAGCACAUAAUUGCCAUCAAAAUAUCUUAUUGCGUGAUCAUAAAAACUUAUGAAUCCAAACAGGAGUAGAAUAUUAAUAGAAUGUGUUGAAAGUGAUGUCGCGUCCAUUAGAUUUAUUUACAGACUUUUAGUGGGGGUUUAUUUGAGAAAAAGUAAAUGCCUCAGGCCGUUUAUUCAAAGGAGGCAUUUAUUUCAAACGAGGCUCUAGAGGGGGUGUUUAUUCAAAGAGGUGUUUAUUCGAAUAAAUAUGGUAUACAGUAAUGACACAAAUUUAGUAUAAAGUCAUAACAUUGAAGAGUAUUUUAAAUAAAAUUAGACAUUGUUAUCACUUAAUACAUAAUUCAGUGCUUACUGAAUUAAAGUGACAAUGUUCCACAGUUAAUUUGAAUGUGUUUUUUUUUUCAACUGGAGCAGUCUUAGUAUGAAUUUUUUAUCACUAAAGUGAAGCAGACUGAAAUGUCAUUACAGUAUUUCAAAUUCACUCAAGGCAUUGGUAUUGCUUGCACAAUUGAUGAGUUAUUCAAAAUAAUGAUUAGGCCCUACUGAAUUUCAAGUGAGACUUCAAGUAUCGCUUUAUUUAUUGAUUAGUCUGUCAGACAAGGGUUUAAUAACAAUUGGAGAAUCAAGAAAUUUACUAUCACAAGCCACUAACUAUUAUAAAAUCCUAACAUGUAACUUUUGAUUUAUUUAACAUUUUUAUUAAAAUGUCCCAACAAAAAAGUUUUUGUCAUGGUAAGAAUAAUUGUUCACCAAUUCAAUUGAAUGUAAAGUGGUAAUAAGUAAUAUAAUCUUAAAGCUGCAGAGUAUAAUGACAAGUAUUUAUGCUUAAAUGUGGCAAAGACAAGCCAAACCAGUCACUCGUCGCAAAUCGUGUUUCAGAGAAAAUGGCCAAAACAUGCUGGAAUGUCAAACUUUUAUAAAUCUAUUUUAUUGCACUAAACUAACCUUUAUA